CGGAAUAAUAAACAUAGAGGGUGUUCAUGAGGAAAUGGUGCACCACGCCCGUUCCUUGACAGGUUGCAACACCUGCCGUGCCCGUCAUCUCAAAUGUGACGAAACUCGACCAAGGUGCGAGAUGUGCCAGGCCACUGGGCUUGCAUGUCCCGGCUACAGCCCUCAGGUCAAAUGGCCUGGCGACGCGGCGAACAUGAAGAGUCCCGAAAGCGUAGAUCGUGUCUUUCGUCGGCCGCUAUAUCAAGGUUCGAUGCCCACAUCCGGCAAUGAGAAUGCGGUCUAUUGACGGAUGACCAGUGGUUGAACAAGAAUCCAUGACACGGAUCACAGUCAGAAGCCUGGGAAAGCAAUCGGUCAAUGCCG